CCCACGCUAGCUGCGGCUGGGCGCUGCGAGCCUGAGGCCCGUUGGCACUGUGGACUGGAGCAGGCUUUCCCAGCAGUGGGCAGGCCCCAGCCCCGGGCUCCGCAUGGAUCUCCCCGCGGGCCGGACCCUGCAUUGACUCCAGAGCUGGCUCCAAGAGCACGCUUGCUCCAGCCUCCUCGCAUCCUAAGGCCCUGUCCUUCCCCGGAGCUGGUUAGCUAAUGAAUCCGGGGAAGACAAACUUCCAGGACCGACAGUUUAGGGCCCAGUAGAAGACGGCUCGGUGAUGGCGCCCAUUUUUGGAAACACAGGCGAAUUUGAGCUCGCAUGGAGGUGUGGUCGAUUCCUGUUGGGACGGGAGAGGCUUCAUUUCUCGGCUGCUGCGGUAGCCUGUGCUUCUGAAGAGUGAAUGGAGUGUUACAGAGCAGGCCACUUACCUUCACUUCUUGAAAACUUGACAUCGGACAUGGUUAGGAACAGAAGGUGUCCAGGAGGAGCCUCUGUUACAAAUCGUAUUUGCUUCUGGGGGAAAGGCUGUGAGCUGCCUGGCUUCUCAUGACCGGGAAGUCUACCUCACCUUUUCUGUACUCCUGGAGAGGCAUCUUGCUCACAUGUUUACCUGCAGCUGGGACAAGGAAAAGAAAAGAAAUGAGCCGCCAGACUGCAACAGCAUUACCCACUGGAACCUCAAAGUGUACGCCGUCCCAGAGGGUGCCUGCCCUGACUGGCACAACCGCAUCCAAUAAUGACUUGGCGAGUCUUUUUGAGUGUCCGGUCUGCUUUGACUAUGUGUUACCACCCAUUCUUCAGUGUCAGAGUGGCCAUCUUGUUUGUAGCAACUGUCGCCCAAAGCUCACAUGUUGUCCAACCUGCCGGGGCCCGUUGGGAUCCAUUCGCAACUUGGCUAUGGAGAAGGUGGCCAAUUCCGUACUUUUCCCUUGUAAAUAUGCCUCUUCUGGAUGUGAAAUAACUCUGCCACACACAGAAAAAGCAGACCAUGAAGAGCUCUGUGAGUUUAGGCCUUAUUCGUGUCCAUGCCCCGGUGCUUCCUGUAAAUGGCAAGGCUCUUUGGAUGCUGUAAUGCCCCAUCUGAUGCAUCAGCAUAAGUCCAUUACAACCCUGCAGGGAGAGGAUAUAGUUUUCCUUGCUACAGACAUUAAUCUUCCAGGUGCUGUUGACUGGGUGAUGAUGCAGUCCUGUUUUGGCUUUCACUUCAUGUUAGUCCUGGAGAAACAGGAAAAGUACGACGGUCACCAGCAGUUCUUUGCAAUUGUACAGCUGAUAGGAACACGCAAGCAAGCUGAAAAUUUUGCUUAUCGACUUGAGCUAAAUGGUCAUAGGCGGCGAUUGACUUGGGAAGCGACUCCGCGAUCUAUUCAUGAGGGAAUUGCAACAGCCAUUAUGAAUAGCGACUGCCUAGUCUUUGACACCAGCAUUGCACAGCUUUUUGCAGAAAAUGGCAAUUUAGGCAUCAAUGUAACUAUUUCCAUGUGUUGAAAUGGCAAUCAAACAUUUUCUGGCCAGUGUUUAAAACCAUUGCAUUCAGUUUCACAGAGAAUAAGGCACCCAUCUGCCUGCCAACCUGAAACUUUUGGUAGGUGGAAGCUAGACACAUGAAGGUAAAUAAGAGGAAAGGCUGUUAAAUACAGGAAACAGUUGCAUGUAGUAACACUAAUACAUUUAAAAAUAAGUCAACAGUAAACCACUGAAAAAAAUAUAUAUAUACACCCAAGAUGGGCAUCUUUUGUAUUAAGAAAGGAAGCAUUGUAAAAUAAUUCUCAAUUUGUGUUGUAGAUUGAGUGUACUGUUGAAAAAUACCGGGUUUUUGUUUGUGUGUGUGCCUGCAAGUUUGUGUGCGUGUGUGCGCGUGUGUGCGUGUGCGUGUGUGUGUGUGUGUGUGUUUUUCUUUAACCGACAAGCCAUGUUGCGUGGUCUUGGGCCACUGCUUUUCCCUUUGUGAGUCAAUACAUAGUGCUGCUGUGUGUGUAUAUUUUUUUGUGUGUAUUUGCUAAUUUUUAUUAAUUCUAGUUUUUCAUUAAAUAAAUUUGACUUUCUUUUCUGUAAUUCAGGUUUUUCCUCACUUUAUUUUGUACCUUUUUAAAGUUAGUGUCUUUUUGAUAUGCAUAAUUGUUUAUGGUAAAGUUUAUACAUAUGUGUUCAGUACCUAUUUUCCUUUCCCUCACUAAUCAGUUCAUUAGAAAUAUUUUCAAUUCAACUCUUUUGUGAAGAUAUGAAUUCCAGAAAGGAAAGGUAACAUCAGAAUUAUCAGGAGGUAUUUAAAGCAGUUAUAAGAUGGUCUCUGUCUCUGUCUCUUUUUCUCCACUUGAGUCAUAUCUUUGAACUUAUUCUUUAAAAGGUUAGGGAAUACUGAUUUUUUUUUUUUUUAAAUUCUGAAAAAAAUAUCAGGCUUUUUUCUUCCAAAUAUCUUGGACAAAUCACUUGUUUAAAAUUUGUUCUUGUAUUUAUUGGUUUUGCAAAAGAAGGCAUCAUCUUAGACAGUAUUUGUAAUCAAAAGCAAAUCAUUUGUUUAAAAAAAGGCAGUUUGCAAAAAAUGUUUUUGGUCUUUUAUAAUUCUCAUUAAAAGAAUACCUGGCAAAUUAAAAA